UAUUUGUUAGCAUUAAAACCUGAAGUCCUUGAAAAGAAAAUGAAGAUACUACAAAGUAAGCCUGGAAUGUUUAGACGUUUAAAACCACGUUGUGAAAAGGGACCAAAACAUCAACAAGGGACUGCUAAAUCUUGUCACGCUUAUACACGCUAUAAUGCUUAAAGUCGAACUAGCAUUUUAAAAAUUUACUGAAUGUCAACAGAUAUAAGGAUUACAAGGUUUCUAUUAGAAACCCUGCGAAAGCUCCGUCCGGGCCAGCUAAGAGGUGCAUUCCCGACUGACCGGAGGCGGCGUUCUGCGCACGCGCGGGCUGUGCGGCGGAACUUCUGAGCUUCGGAACCCCUGAGCACCGUAACCCCCGGCGCUGGGCCGGAGAAGCGGUCCGCUGGGGAGCGUUUCCGGGGAUGAUGGUGUCGGCGCCAUGAGGCUGACACCACGCGUGCUGUGUAGCGCCUCCCGCGCCGCCUGGCGGGAGAGCUUUCCCCUGAGUGGGCGUGACGUGGCUCGCUGGUUCCCGGGCCACAUGGCCAAGGGGCUGAAGAAGAUGCAGAACAGUCUGAAGCGUGUAGACUGUGUUGUUGAGGUCCAUGAUGCCCGAAUCCCACUUUCAGGACGCAACCCUCUGUUUCAGGAAACCCUUGGGAUUAAGCCUCACCUGCUGGUCCUCAACAAAAUGGACUUGGCGGAUCUUACAGAGAAGCAGAAAAUUAUGCAGCACUUAGAAGGACAAGGCCUAAAAAACGUCAUUUUCACUAACUGUGUAAAGGAUGAAAACAUCAAGCAGGUCAUCCCCAUGGUCACUGAGCUGAUUGGGAACAGCUGCCGCUACCAGCGAGGAGAGAACCUGGACUACUGCAUCAUGGUGAUUGGGGUCCCUAACGUGGGCAAGUCCUCCCUUAUCAACUCCCUCAGGAGGCAGCACCUCAGGAAAGGAAAAGCUACCAGGGUGGGCGGUGAGCCUGGGAUCACCAGAGCUGUGAUGUCCAGAAUUCAGGUCUGUGAACGGCCACUCAUGUUCCUCUUGGACACUCCUGGUGUGCUGUCUCCUCGGAUUGAAAGCGUGGAGACAGGCCUGAAGCUGGCCCUGUGUGGGACAGUGUUGGACCACCUGGUUGGGGAGGAGACCAUGGCCGACUACCUGCUUUACACACUCAACAGGCACCAGCUCUUUGCGUAUGUGCAACACUACGGCCUGGGUGGUGCCUGUGAUGACAUAGAACAUGUGCUAAAGAGCGUGGCUGUGAAGCUGCGAAAGACGCAGAAGGUGAAGGUGCUCACAGGCACAGGUGAUGUGAACAUCAUUCAGCCCAACUACCCCGCAGCAGCCCGAGACUUCCUCCAGACUUUCCGUAGGGGCCAGCUGGGCCCUGUGAUGCUGGACCUUGAUGUCUUGCAGGGCCACCCCCCUGCCAAGGCAGACCCUUGAGCUGGUGCUAGAGGUGAGGGCAUCAGAGGCGUGCAGCCUCUAGACCUCCUCCAACCUGGAUGUUUGAGGCUCAGGACAGCCCGCCCUUUUCUAGAAGCUCCAUGCCAGCCAUAUGACUCAGGCCUUUCCUCCCAAAAGGGGUGCUGCACUCCUAGCCCCAGGUUGGCCUGGCUGGACUGCAUCCUGGGCUCCUGUCACAUCCCUGAGCAGCCUGCAUGUCUGGCCAGCAAGGACAUUCCCACUCUGUCUCUUGAGGUUGGUGCUAUUUCAGAAGGAGGCGUGGUUGUAGUCUCUAAUUGUUAAUCUGAAUCAGAAGGCUUGUCUUAUUUGGUCUCAUGCUGGGGCCCACGUGUUGAAGCCUCUCUCACCUGUGGAAUGUGGGAAAUGGGCAGGUUGGACCAACAACCUGCAGCCCUACAGCAAGGAAGCGCCUUGUUGCCAGCAGAAGAUUUAUUUCACAACACUGGGGGAUGUGCUCACAGACAGGACAAGAGGUUCUGAAUAGCAAAACCCAGGACUGGCCUUCCCUCAGUGCCUUGGCCGUCUGGUCCUAGGGGAGCUUGUGCUUGGCAUUGUUGCACACAGGCUGGGGGUCUCCUGGUGUGGGCAGUGGAGCCCCUAGGCCUCUGAGCACCUUAUAGCAGGAGAGUGGGACUCUGUUUCAGUGGGGUGCAGGGAUGGUGUGGGGCCCUUGCUGGCCCUUCUGGAUGUGCACCCUGCUCUCAGUAACUGAAAUGACCCCCCAGCACCAUCUGCUUCCUGCUGAAACCUGACUGCCUGGGCAGGAUGUGCUCAGGUUCACAGCUGUGUCAAAUGCUAACAUGCUGAAUAAACUGUUGUUGAAGGGUG